GGUCUGACACUCCUGGCCUUUCUUUUGCGCAACGGCUCGGAGGAUGUCGUCAAAACUGCUCAGGAGCAUCUUUAUGAUAUCCGCACGCUUGACGGUUACCAGUGCAUAGAUGAACGCGGACGAGAUCAGGGCGCAUCAGUUCUCUUCUUCCGCUAG